CGGUCCCUUCUCUGAAUAAACUUGAGUGGCAGUCCAAAGGAGGAGGAGGAGAAGGAAGAAGAAGCAGCGGCAGCCAUGAGGCCUAUUCUGAUGAAAGGCCAUGAAAGGCCAUUAACGUUUCUAAAGUACAACAGAGAUGGAGAUCUACUCUUCUCUUGUGCCAAGGAUCACACUCCCACCGUCUGGUUCGCCGACAACGGGGAGCGCCUCGGCACCUAUCGUGGCCACAACGGUGCCGUUUGGACCUGCGAUGUCUCCAGGGAUUCGAUGCGGCUGAUCACUGGAAGUGCAGACCAGACGGUGAAGCUAUGGAACGUAGAAACAGGGGCGCAGCUUUACUCCUUCAAUUUUGAUUCUCCGGCUAGGUCUGUGGACUUUUCUGUUGGGGAUAAGUUAGCUCUGAUUACCACCGAUCCUUUCAUGGAAUUGACUUCUGCAAUUCAUGUCAAACGCAUUGCUCGCGAUCCCUCACAGCAGACGGCUGAGUCUGCGCUUGUCAUCAAGGGCCCUCAAGGAAGGAUAAACAGAGCUAUUUGGGGACCCUUAAACAGGACUAUCAUAAGUGCUGGUGAAGAUGCUAUUGUUCGUAUAUGGGAUUCUGAGACGGGGAAACUGCUUAAAGAGUCUGACAAGGAAACCGGCCACAAAAAGACAGUAACAUCACUUUCAAAAGCUGCAGAUGGUUCACAUUUUGUUACUGGCUCCCUGGAUAAAUCUGCUAAGCUUUGGGACAGCAGGACAUUAACACUUAUCAAGACAUAUCUAACAGAACGCCCAGUCAAUGCAGUUACAAUGUCUCCACUUCUUGAUCAUGUAGUGCUAGGAGGUGGUCAAGAUGCAUCACAUGUCACAACAACUGAUCAUCGUGCUGGAAAGUUUGAGGCAAAAUUCUAUGAUAAGAUUCUUCAAGAAGAAAUUGGAGGUGUGAAAGGGCACUUUGGACCUAUAAAUGCUUUAGCAUUCAACCCUGAUGGAAAGAGUUUCUCAAGUGGUGGUGAGGAUGGAUACGUAAGACUACAUCAUUUCGACCCAGAUUACUUCAAUGUCAAAAUUUAGAUCCAGAGCAAAUAGCAAGCGAGCUUUUCCUUUCCUUGGACUUACCAUUGUAACAGGCAUUUUCUUCAACAAGAUUUUGCAUUUUCUUGUCCGAGCAUCAAAGUUUUGUGUUAGAUUCAAUUCUGACGCCAGUUAAACUGGAACAAUUUAAAUUGUUUUUCUUUGACAUUUACCCUCUUGAGGGAAGUUUAGUUUUGCACUCGAUAUGUAUAAGAAUCCGUUUUACUAUGCUUUUAGAAAA